UAGGCUUGAUGCUUGUUCACUGAUGUCCACUGGCCGUUGGGCUUCAGGAAAUGGCAAGCUGCAAGGUUCUAAAUCCUUGCAUUCCUCCUCUUCCCUCUGACAAUUCCCGAAUCAGGGGCAACCGAAGAGUUUGGAAUUCGACCCUGAAUCACCACAUUAAGCUCAAGAAUGACGAAGCAAUCCUCCAAUCCUAUUCAGAAAUGGAGGCCACAGGCGUUUUUCCAUCCCAAAACCAGCUGCCCGUAAUUCUCAAAGCCUGCGCGAGGCUUAAAAACUUCGAAUUUGGUCUAAAAAUCCACUCCACCAUUGUGAAAUCUUGUCUGAUUGAUGACACUAAGGUCAUGACGGCGCUCAUUUUGUUUUACUGCAAAUGCGGGUUUCUAGAUGCUGCACGCAAGCUGUUUGAUGAUAUGGCUGACAGAGAUUUGGUGUCUUGGAAUGCAAUGAUUUGCGGUUUUGUUGAUAAUUUAAGGAGCAUGGAUGCUCUAUCUCUGUUUCGUAGAAUGAGAAGCUGUGGUUUGAGGCCAAAUGGAGUUACUUUGGUUAGUCUUCUUUCCGCUUGCUGGGAAAUGGAGGAAAUUAAACUAGGCCGGGAGAUUCAUUGCUACUGCUUGAGAAACGGUUUAUUUGAUUGUGCUGUUCAUGUAGGUACCGCUUUGAUUGAUUUCUAUUCCAAGUUUGAUGCAAUGGCUUCCCGCUCAGUGUUCAAUUCGAUGGAGGUUAGAAACAACAUCACCUGGAAUGUUAUCUUAUGUGCUUAUCUUUAUGCGGCAGAUUUUGAUGAAGUUAUGAUUCUCUUCAUUGAAAUGCUCGUUGAAGGUAUUGAUUUCGACUCUGUUGCAUUUCUGGCAAUCCUUGAGUCUUGUGCAGAUCAUGGAUGCUUAGAAUGUGGAAAACAGAUUCACCAAUUAGCAAUCAAACAUGGAUUUCUCUCUGACAUUUAUGUAGCCAAUGCAUUGAUUGUUAUGUAUGGAAAGUGUGGAGAUGUUGACUCAUCCUAUCAAGUUUUUGACACUGUGGUUUCUGCAGAUCUCGCCUUGUGGAAUGCGAUGCUCGCUUCAUAUAGGAACAGUUCCUGUUUUAGCAAAGCAUUUGAUUUAUUCAAGAAGAUGCAGGAGAACAGAAUUACAGAGAAUUCAGUCACUCUUGCCACCAUGCUUUCCAUUUGUGCUCAGUCUGGCAGACUUGAAAUGGGUAAGGAACUGCAUGCUUAUGUUAUAAAAACUGGAUCUGUUAAGGAUUCUGGCGUAGAAAACGCCUUGCUAAACAUGUAUGUUGAAUCCAGCUCUAUAUCAUGUGCUUGUAGAUUGUUUAACAAAAUGGAGAGAGUUGAGGUUUUUUCAUGGAACACGCUAAUCAAGGCAUUGAUUGAUAAUGGAUGCACAUAUCAGGCUUGGGAGCUGUUUGAUAAGAUGCAUGAUGGUGAAGAAAAGCCCAAUUCUUUCACAAUGGUUUCUCUUCUUUCAGGAUGUGAGGAAUCUUCAGUAAAAGUAGGGAAGUCAAUUCAUGGAUACAUAGUAAGAUAUGGAUUUGAUGUCAAUCCAUCAUUAUGCACUGCACUAACUAACAUGUAUAUGAGGUGUGGAAAUGAACCAGCUGCUGUUUAUUUUUUUUGGACUUGUUCUGAUAGAGAUUUAGUGUCUUGGAAUGCUAUGAUUGGAAACUAUUUUCAUGCUGGUCAACCCUGUAAAGCUCUUUCUUUCUUCUCCCAAAUGCUUUCUGAAGUAAAACCAAACGGAAUCACUAUUAUCAUUUCUCUUCUAGCUUGUGCAAGGAUGGCGGAUUUGCCGAAAGGGAGAAGCUUGCACACAUACAUCAGGAGAAGAGAGAUGAAUCUGGAUUCUGAUACAUGCUUGGCGAAUGCUCUCCUGACCAUGUAUGCAAAAUGCGGAAGUUUAGAGGAUGCAAAAAAAAUAUUCAGGAAUCUAAAGAAAAAAGAUGUUAUAUCUUGGAAUGCAAUGAUUGCAGCAUAUGGAAUGCAUGGAAAGGGAAAUGAUGCAGUAGAGUUGUUCUAUCGAAUGGUGGAAGCUGGUGAGAAGCCUACCAGUGUGACUUUUGUGUCAGUUUUGUCUUCCUGCAGUCAUUCAGGUUUGGUUGAAGAGGGAUACAGGCUGUUUCAUUCCAUGGUUGAGGACUAUGGGAUAGAACCUCAGGUUGUUCAUUAUGGGUGCAUGGUUGAUCUUUUUGGACGUUCUGGUUUCGUUGAUGCUGCUCUGAACUUGGUUCAAUCAAUGCCGAUGGAACCGGAUGCUAGUUUAUGGAGAGCUUUGUUGGGUGCUUGUAAAUUGUGCUGUAACUUAGAAAUGGCGAGGUUUGUUGCGCAAAAGUUGAAUGAGUUGGAACCUCAGAACAGUGCAAAUUACAAGCUUUUAUCAAAUAUCCAUGCUGCAGCUGGGAGGUGGGAAGAUGCAGAAGCAUUAAAAAAAGGAAUCAAGGAAAGGGGAUUGCAAAGCAGCACUGGAACAAGCUGGAUGGCUAGCAAAAAUCAAAUUCAUUCUUUCACUGCAGGAAACUGGUGAUGAACUUCAUUGUCUAGUCUGGGAAGAGCUCCCCCUAUGGGGCAUAUCUUAACCUACUUCUCAUUGGGGUUUUUAAGAGUGCACAUCUUAUUUUACUCCUCGUCAAAGUUCUUAACAAUCUUCAAGACUUAAUUCUGAUAUC